CUCCAGUCUGCCCAGCCCCUUCCUCCUCCCUCUUCUCUGUAACCUCGUCUGCAUCUGCAUCGGAAUUCGGUCCCCUGUGUCUGUUGGCUGGUCUGCCUCUGUCCAUCUAGCUAGGAGACUCAGGUUUCUCUGGAGGUGGAGGGGACUGGUUGAGGAGUGCAGAUUUUGGAAGCUAAGGCCGGGAGAACUGGAACCAGGAGCAAGACGUGCAAACACCCCUUUCUGCAAACUUUGGAAACUGAGAAGAAUUAAACGUGGCAACUAUGGGUAGAUUCUCAAGCCUUGGAUUGCUCUUCCUCUUCCAACUUUUGGCCACCUCCUCAGCUCAGAGGCAAGGCCCACGAGGCCCCCCUGGACCACGAGGACCUCCAGGAAAAGCUGGCAAGGAUGGCAUAGAUGGAGAGCCUGGUCCCCCUGGCUUGCCUGGUCCCACAGGGCCCAAAGGAGCACCAGGGAAGCCUGGGAAAACUGGGAAUGCAGGAUUGCCCGGACUUCCAGGAGUAGAUGGUUUGACAGGAUCUGAUGGUCCCCCCGGGCCAAAUGGACCACCAGGAGACAGAGGAGCCAUCGGACCUGCUGGGCCAGCUGGGCCAGCGGGCAAAGGACGUCCAGGACCUCCAGGACCUCCAGGCCCCAGUGGGCUCCCAGGUGGAAAUGGGCUCCGAGGACCACCUGGACCAUCUGGACUUCCGGGUUUUCCAGGACCACCAGGACCACCAGGACCACCAGGUAUUCCCGGAGUUCUUCCUGACAGCAAUGGUGACCUUCAGUGCCCAGCUCUGUGUCCACCUGGCCCUCCAGGACCACCAGGAAUACCAGGAUUCAAGGGACACACGGGAGAGAAAGGAGAGCCCGGAGAAGUGGGCAAAGAUGGUGAGAAGGGCUCACCUGGUCCCCCAGGACCUCCAGGACCACCAGGAAGUGUUGGCAUGCAGGGACCUCGAGGACUGAGAGGCUUCACCGGGCCGGUUGGUCCUGUCGGAGAGAGGGGGUUUAUUGGUUUCCGAGGACCACCUGGUAUCCCAGGGCCUCCGGGAAAAGCGGGACCCCGUGGAGACAGGGGGCCUCAAGGCUUCCGGGGGCCCAAAGGUGAUACUGGUAGACCAGGAGCAAAAGGGAUGCCGGGGACUGCUGGCCCUAUAGGAGAACCUGGCAUGCCUGGAAAAGACGGGAGAGAUGGAACACACGGACUCGAUGGUGAGAAGUCUGGGCUAGAGCAGAGGCAGGCGAGCAAGAGGGUUUCCAUGGGGCAGAACGUAGCAGCUCCGUGGGGCCCUCGCCAGGGCACCCCUGCCCAGGGCAGGUCCUCGGUGAGCUCCCAGUCAUGCUUGCUGCUGCCAUUGGCAGGGUGUAUCAACCAGCUAUGCUGGCUCAGACCAAGGUCUUGGAAUCAGGGCUGUGCUGAACUGGCUUUGCCCCACCUUCCCGGGGGGCUGAAACAGGGUGAUGCGGGUCGUGCUGGUCUUCCUGGAGAAAAGGGGCCAAACGGCCUUCCUGGUUUACCUGGAAGAGAAGGAGCUAAAGGUGAAAAAGGUGAACCAGGCAGUCCCGGAGAGAUGGGGGAGUCUGGUCCUUCGGGAGAGCCAGGUAUACCUGGAGAUCAGGGAAUCCCUGGGGAGAGAGGAGAGCCUGGGCCAAGAGGAUCUCCGGGACCGAUAGGCCUCCAAGGCCCCAUGGGAGUACCAGGCAUCAGGGGCUACCAGGGUCGUAAAGGUGCGAGUGGGGAGCCUGGCCUUCCUGGUCCCACUGGAAUCCGGGGCGAGCCUGGUGAGAGGGGCCCUGGUGGUGUUUCUGGACCGAAAGGGAACCAGGGCAUCGCAGGGACAGAUGGGUUGCCUGGUGAAAAAGGAGAGCUGGGUCCUUUUGGCCCUCCUGGGCAAAAGGGGGAGGCUGGACCAAGGGGUGAGCCCGGUCCGAAGGGAGCCCAAGGCCCCAACGGAACAGUGGGGGUGCCAGGAAUCCCGGGCAACCCAGGCAAAUUGGGCUUGCAAGGAGAACAAGGAGUCCCCGGCAUCCCUGGGAAAACUGGCCUUCCGGGGAACGAAGCGAGCGAGCAACACAUACGAGAACUCUGCGGAGGGAUGAUCAGUGAGCAAAUCGCACAGUUAGCUGCUAACCUGCGGAAACCCCUGGCUCCUGGCCUCACAGGCCGGCCUGGUCCUGCUGGUCCCCCAGGCCCUCCUGGGGCCACAGGCAGCGUUGGGCAUCCUGGCCCUCGUGGCCCACCUGGGUACAGAGGACCAACAGGGCACCUGGGAGAUCCUGGUCCUAGAGGUGACCCAGGUGAGAGGGGAGACAAAGGUGCCAUGGGCAGAGGUGUGGAUGGACCUGAAGGAGACCAAGGACCGCAAGGGCCGCCAGGUGCUCCUGGAGUUAGUAAAAAUGGCCGGGAUGGUUCUCAGGGUGAACCUGGAUUGCCAGGAGAUCCUGGAAGACCAGGUGCAGUUGGGGUUCAAGGAACUCCAGGAGUCUGUGAUACAUCCGCCUGCAUGGGAGCUGCUGCUGCUGGAAUGAAAUCCAAAAAGUCAUAAAACUGCAUUCAAAAGAAGCUGAAAAAGGGAACUGAAUAUUUAAGCAAAUUGUUUAUACAUGGCCACAGAAAUGCCCUCUGAUUCAAAGAAAAAUGGAGGGUCAGUUCUCCUGUAAAAAUGAUUAAAAUGGACUUUGACAUUAAUUCUGAGUUCAACAAAAGAGGACAUCAUCGGAUGGAAACUUAUACAAAGUAAUAUGUUCCCUACAAAUGUUUUCCCAUUUUCACAAGCAUCUUGUUUCUUGUCCCAUUAAAGUGGUACUCCUUUAUUCCUGAACUAUAAGGUGCUUUCCAUUUACUAUAACACAUACACCCCAAACUGGGCUAAUUUAUACUAACUGAUCCUGCAUUAAUUUAUGUGAGUUCUGUUUUACUUCCGGGCUCUCAUCCAAGUGUAUAUUAGUGCAACUGGCAGGCUGCACACAGGAAUCUGAUAACCUUGGACAGAGGACAUGCCAGGGCUAUGCACACCCAGCCCCAUCCGCUGACUAAGGACAAGACCAGCGUGUAUAGCACUUGCCUGGACACACAGUUUUUUAUGUAGCUCAGGACCAGAGUGUGGAUGGCCCCAGUUGGGUUUGGCUGAGUGAAUGCAGACUUAUUGAACUAAGCUAAAAUCGCACACACCAUGUUUCUCCCACAGUUUUGAACCAGCAGCAGCUCUUUGUAUUGCAACAGGGGUGGUGCUUGCAAUAUAUCUGAGUUUGUGUGUGCGUGCGUCUUAUCCUAGCAGCACAAGGAACUCCUUUUGCAAAGGAGGUAAGUUGCAUAGAUACUUGUUGUUCACACAGUUUGCCACACAGCCUUAUCUCUUAGGAAUCAACCACAACUAGCAGCAAACAUUUUCCAAAUCAACUUUUCAUGUGGACAUCUAUUUACAAGGGAUAAUUUUGAGCAUUUCUUUAUCAUACAGAACAUUUGGUAAUCACAUGUUAUACCCUCUGUAUACGAUUUGUCAAAGAGCCAUAUGUUUCAGGAAAUGAUCACUAAGCAAAAUUAGUGUGAGCAUUAUUGUAAAAAUUCUUUUUAUAACAUUUUACUUGCCAAUGUUUUACAAUCGGGUUGAUUUGUGGAUUCUUUAUUUUACCCCUGCUGACUGGAAAUAAAGGUGCUACACGUGUGUGAAUAUCCGUGAUUUAAACAGUAUUUAUUUUUGGAUGAGUUCUGUAUAAGAAAUACUUAUUAGCAUCAUCUCUUUUGAUAGAUAAAUAAAGCCACUUUCAAAUCAA